GUGGGCGGGGUCCUGGAGGUCUGGGUUCCUGCGCGCGCGGAGGCUCUCGAGGGUCCGCUGAGCAGUGCGGCCGGCUCGAGCUCCAGUCAACAUGGCAGCGGUGCUGAGGCGGAGCUGCGCGGUCCUAAGAAAUAUUUCUCAUUUUGAGUGGAGAGCACAGCAUACAAAGCCUGCUCACAAACGUGAACCAGGAUUGGGAUUUAGUUUUGAGUUAACUGAACAACAGAAAGAAUUUCAAGCUACUGCUCGUAAAUUUGCCAGGGAAGAAGUAAUCCCAGUUGCUGCAGAAUAUGAUAAAACUGGUGAAUACCCUUUGCCCCUAAUUAAGAGAGCCUGGGAGCUUGGUUUAAUGAAUGCACACAUUCCAGAGAGUUGUGGAGGUCUUGGACUUGGAACUUUUGAUGCAUGCUUAAUUACUGAAGAAUUGGCGUAUGGAUGUACAGGGUUUCAGACUGCUGUUGAAGCAAAUUCUUUGGGGCAAAUGCCUGUUAUUAUUGCUGGAAAUGAUCAACAACGAAAGAAGUAUUUGGGAAGGAUGACUGAGGAACCAAUAAUGUGUGCCUACUGUGUAACAGAACCUGGAGCAGGCUCUGAUGUAGCUGGCAUAAAGACAAAAGCAGAAAAAAAAGGAGAUGAGUACAUUAUUAAUGGUCAGAAGAUGUGGAUAACUAAUGGAGGAAAAGCUAAUUGGUACUUUUUAUUGGCACGUUCUGAUCCAGAUCCCAAAACUCCUGCAAGUAAAGCUUUUACUGGAUUUAUUGUGGAAGCAAGUAGCCCGGGAAUACAGAUUGGAAAAAAGGAAUUAAACAUGGGCCAGCGAUGUUCAGAUACCAGAGGAAUUGUCUUUGAAGAUGUGAAAGUGCCUAAAGAAAAUGUUUUAAUUGGUGAAGGAGCUGGUUUCAAAAUUGCAAUGGGAGCUUUUGAUAGAACUAGACCUACAGUUGCAGCUGGUGCUGUUGGAUUAGCACAAAGAGCUUUGGAUGAAGCUACCAAGUAUGCCCUAGAAAGGAAAACUUUUGGAAAGCUGCUUGUGGAGCACCAAGGAGUGUCGUUUUUGCUGGCAGAAAUGGCAAUGAAAGUUGAGCUAGCCAGACUAAGUUACCAGAGAGCAGCUUGGGAAGUUGACUCUGGUCGCCGAAAUACCUUUUACGCCUCUAUUGCAAAGGCAUUUGCUGGAGAUAUUGCAAAUCAAACAGCAUCUGAUGCUGUGCAGAUUUUUGGAGGCUAUGGAUUUAAUUCAGAAUAUCCAGUAGAAAAACUAAUGAGGGAUGCCAAGAUCUAUCAGAUUUAUGAAGGUACUGCACAAAUUCAAAGGCUUAUUAUAGCCCGUGAGCAUAUUGGCAAAUAUAAAAGUUAGAGAUUGCAAAACAUGAUGAUUGAUUAUAAACAGUGGAGAAUGCCAAACAUACAUAAUUCUUGAAAAAUUAGCACCUGAGGGACUACGUGAGCUUCAGAAAGAGAAAAGGCUUCAACACUGUUCCAAUGCCUACAUAAAUCUAUGCAGUUGAUUCUGAUAGUAGUUUGUACUUUUACACAAACACAGUGAUUUUCCUUUUUCAAAACAGAUUCGGUUUCAUUAAAAGUAUGUCUUUAAUACCACUAUCCUUGAAUGAUACUAACUUAAAAAAAAUAAUUCUAUCAUUUGUGUCUCUUAAGAUCGCAGUUAUAUCUUAGAAUUCUGAUGUUUCUAGUGGCAGAAAAGUGAGCUCAUCUAGAAUUCAAAGAAUGUUCCAAAAUUCAGUGAGAAAACGUAGAUUUUGGAUGCUAUCAAAUAACUUGCCAAAGACUUUGUAGACUUAAUGAUAUUAUUGUAUCAAAGGAAUGUAUUUUAUAAUUUGGAAUGAAUUUUUUUUAGUUUUACACAAUAAAAGAAUUUUUGAAAAUUGUAGUGUUGAGUCUACAUUUCAUUUGCCUUAUUUUCAAAUACUAAUUUAUUUUCAACACUACUUGCCUUAAAUUGUUUUUAUAUGACUGUUGGUCUCUGGAUAACCUUUGGUCUAUUGUAUAUAAUAGACUUUUUCAUUCUGAAAAGGAACUUAAAUUAUGUCACUGCUUAA